UUUAUUUUUAAAAAGACAACAGAUUCAUGUUUUCUUUCUACACCCACAAAGCAAAAUCCGAGAGAAUCGGAUCCUUGCACAUCAAAGCAUUUGAUCUGUUCUUGUCCCGUAACUAGAUAUCCUCUGAUCUGGUUGCAGUAUGAAAGGUUCUGAAUAAAGGGCCUCCACUGACGCUCAUCAAUUAGCGCGUAUCACGUUACCCAAUCAGAGCGCGGUCCGCGUCUCCGGUCUCGCGAGGAACAGUUGCGUUGGUGACAACGAAACACUUUUAAACCCAAACACUUCAGUUCGUCACAUUUCUCCACUGAAGGCGAGGCUCUUGGACCUGGAGAUGAUGGUAACGAGGCGGCCGGUCCAGUCCGCUCCUCCUGCUGUAGUGAUCGGAUCUAAAGGCUGGAGAGACGCGACGGUCCGAUCAAUCGUGCGCGCGGAGGAUCUGGUGCGCAAAACUUACGUUGGUCAACUCGAUACCUCUACACGAACAGUCAGGCACAGUCUUGGGACUUCAUCCUAUAGACCUACACAGUUAAACGGAUACAAAAGCGUUGGAAAGGAGGACGAUGAGAGUGCAGUGGAAAAGAAAGAUCAAUUUGGCCCUAAAUGCACUGGAACUAUGUUCACAUCUGGGAUGAUCAGCGGUCCCUUUCCCCCACCGGCUUUGCGUGAGCAGAGCACAGUGGUCAGCAUGGGCAUGGCGGGUGAUUAUAUGCGGGUUGUGAGAGAGGUGGAGGCUCGCCUGCGCAAACAAGCGGCCAGGGUGACCCAGGAGGGCACCAAGAUGGAGCAUCAAAGGGAACGACUGGAGAAGUUACUGCGUAGUCUGAGGAAAGCUUUACUGGUCAACCAGCAAAGUUCAGAUGGCAGGAUGUUUCGACCAGCCACCGCAGAGACGAUACGGGAUGUGGCAGAUGAUCUUCUGCAGUGUGAACGGAGGGAAUUAAAUGGAUUAAAACAAGAACUGGAGACGAUGUUGAGAAAGACUAUGACUCAACAACAGGCAUUGGCUGAGUGCAGUAGGCAGCUGUUGGAUUGCUCCUUUGAAAGGUCCAGAGUAACAGAGCUGCUCCCCCAGCACGGCUCACUGUCAGCGGGUGUGAUCACCCACACCUCUCCCCUCUCUCAGAAACCGAACCCUUCUGGACCAUUUACUCCAGAGUGUAAAGAGGCGUUGGAUUGUUCCUCAACAGUACUGCUUGAAUCUCAGCAGCUCAGAGACAACAUUACACAACUCAUGACUCGUGUUUGUAGUAAGCAAACAGCUCUUCACCAAUCUGCCAGUGAUGCUCUGAUGAAGAAAAUUGGUGAAACUAUCAACCUGGAGCAACAUCUCACACUAAGCUCGGCUGCCACAAGACAAGCCAUUUACCGCAAACAGAGACAGAUGGAGUGUGCUGGCUACAGUCUUGGCAAAGCAAUGGGCCCAGUUUGCAGUGCUGAUCUGUUUUGUCGUGAAAGGUUGAGCAGGCCCAUGACUCAGAUCUAUGGGCGGCAUUCAAGUGCUGGACUACCAGAGUCUGAUCUGCUCACACAGGGAAGUUCUUUGCUUCAGAAACAUCUGAAAUCUUCAGGUAAAGAGAUGGCAGAGCUCCAGUUUGUUCACCGGCUGCUUGAAGAUGACAGAUAUGGAAAGCGUGCUGCAGUCAGUGUGGACUCUGCCAUCGCCAGGCUGCGUCGUAGACUUCCACGUCCUCCAUCUGUCCGGCCUGCAACCAGUUAAAACUCCAUACACAGCAAUUAAGAUAACAUAAUGCUUCUCAAAGGUGGAAAUCUGGGUUUUUCGGAAUACUCUACAAAGUUACCAUGUGGUGUUUUGAAAAUCAUUGUGUGAAGAUUGCCAUUUGAUAAUUGCAUUUUAGGGAGUACUUAUGCACUGUGUGACGUGUGAUACAUUAAAGGUUUGUCAACAAACAGAAUAA